CUCAGUCAAUUUCGUUCAUUACAUCUGGUUCGAACUUGAAAGGUGCGAGGAAAUACUGGCUGUUGGCCGGUUGACCCGGCCGAAUUUCAAUCCUUAUUUGUCACUUCGAUAGGAUAGAGUUGCAGCGUCGAAUUUAAGCCAACAAUCUAUGUAGGUAGACCUGAUAAGAACACCUCCAUCUCUUAGCACAUUCCAGCAAGGAAAAACGGCCAUGGAACUGAUGGGAGAUAAAAACGACCUUCCGAAACAAGAUCAACAAUGGGCCCGACAAGCAUGGGCCCACCUAUCAAGAGUGCGCCAGCAGUCUCCUUUAAUCCAGUGCAUAACCAACUUCGUGUCAAUGGAUUUCGUCGCCAAUGUUAUGCUCGCCGCCGGCGCAUCGCCGGCGAUGAUUCAUUCUAUUGAAGAAAUCCCGGACUUCACUCCUAAGGCUCACGCGCUUUACAUUAACGUUGGAACACUCACACCCGACUGGCUACCGGCAAUGAAGCUCGCAAUUCAGGUGGCGAAUGAAAACAAAAAGCCCUGGGUUCUGGACCCGGUGGCGGCCGGAGCUUCAGGUUUCCGGUUGAAGGCUUGUCUUGAGCUUCUGGGGAUGAAGCCUGCUGUUGUCAGGGGUAAUGGGUCUGAAAUUAUUGCUCUUUUCAAGGGGUCUGAGGAUUCUGAUUCUAAGGGAGUAGACAGCAUGCAUGAAUCAACAGAUGCUGUUGAAGCAGCAAAAUCCCUGGCUCAAGUAAGUGGAAGUAUAGUUUCUGUAUCUGGAGCUGUUGAUAUUGUUACAGACGGUCAACGGGUCGUCGGUGCCAAAAACGGGAUUUCUAUGUUGCAAAAGAUUACAGCAACGGGAUGCUCUGUCACUGCCCUAAUUGCUGCAUUUGUAGCAAUCGAUCCAUCACGAGCAUUUGAAGCCACUGCGUCUGCAUUUUCCGUGUUUGGUGUUGCCAGCGAAAUAGGUAUGGACAUGGCUAAAGGUCCAGCUUCAUUGCGAAUGCACAUGAUCGAUUCACUUUAUGGGCUAGAUCAAGCUACUGUGCUUCAUCGCGUGAACAUCAGCGCCAUCUGAUCGAUUAAUGGCAAUCAUGACACAGCGUCGAAAUUUUGGUCCCUGCCAUUUUGAUGGGGGUGCAACGAGGAUGAUCCCCCAUUAUUGCACAAAACUAUUGAUACUGUGAUCAUAGUACGAGGGUUGUCGAUUAUCAGCCUCGACCUUCAAGAGGUUUAGGAGUUCUUACAGCUACUAGAAUUCGAAUUUCCCUAGUUCAAGGGCAUAAAAGUGUCUGGAGAUCCUCACAUUACACUACUAGGAUAUGUUAACCUAGUGCAUAAGUGUAUUGACUUUUCUUGAAAGUGGCAUAAGAAGUCGACUAA